AUGGGUAAAAUUCAACGCAAAGGGAAGACAGGUGCAUCAAAGACCUACAUAACCCGCACUCACGCAGUCCGAAAACUCCAGCUCUCCCUGGGCGAUUUCCGCAGGUUAUGCAUCCUCAAAGGGCUCUACCCCGUCGAGCCCCCUUCGCGGAAAAAGGCAAACAAGGGGAGCACAGCACCGACCACGUUCUACUACACGAAGGAUAUCGCUUACCUUGCUCAUGAACCGGUGCUGAGCAAGUUGAGGCAGCAUAAGGCGUUUGCGAAGAAACUUGCUAGGGCGAUCGGGAGGAGCGAAUGGGCGGACGCGAAGAGCCUCGAGCAGAGGGAACCAAAGUACAAGCUGGAUCAUAUAAUCAAAGAACGGUACCCAACGUUUAUCGACGCAGUGAGGGACAUAGACGACGCGCUCUGUCUCGUACACCUCUUUUCCACCCUUCCAUCAAACGACAAGCUCGACCCAAAGCUCAUCGCCCACUGUGCGCGGCUCAGCGCUGAAUGGCAGCUCUACGUCAUGCGCGCACACGCACUGCGCAAGGUCUUCCUCAGCAUCAAGGGUGUGUACUUCCAAGCAGAGGUCAUGGGUCAGCCCGUGACGUGGCUUGUGCCGUAUAUGUUUACCCAGCAGGUCCCGGCAGACGUAGACUUCAGGGUCAUGCUCACUUUCCUAGAACUGUACCAGACGCUACUCGGUUUCGUCCUCUUCAAGCUCUACAGCACGCUCAACCUCGUCUACCCUCCUCCGCUAGACGAGGCGAAGGACGAGCUCGCAGCUGGGGUAGGCGCGUACGUGUUGAAGGAGGCCGGGGAGCUGGACCUGGGGAAAGAGCAGGUUGCGGAGGGGGUCGAGAAGGUUCGAGAGGGGGAUGUGAGGAGGGCUUUGGAGGGGAUCCCGAUCCCUACUGAGGCUGAGGAAAUCGAGGAAGUGCCUCCCCAGACGGAGGGGGAAGCGAAAGACGAGCCAGACGAGCCAAAAGAGCUACCUUCCAAGCUCGCACCCGCCGAAGACUCCGCCCCCGAGCCCGCCCCAACCCCAGAACGGGUAAACACCUCCCUCUUCUCCCCCUUCGUCAUCUACAUCUCCAGGGAAGUGACUCGCCCGGUAUUCGAGUUCGUCCUCCGCUCCUUCGGGGCCCGAGUCGGCUGGGCUCCCUCGCUCGGCUCCGGCUCCCCUUACUCGCUGGAAGACCCGCGGAUUACCCAUGUGCUGCUCGAUAGGCCACAGGUGCCCCUGGGCUGGGUUAGGGAAGGGAGGAGGUAUGUCCAGCCUCAGUGGGUGGUGGAUUGUGUGAACUCGGGAAGGGUCGUUCCGGAGGGAGCGUAUGCUAUGGGCGAGGUGCUGCCGCCGCAUUUGAGCCCUUUUGUACAGGAAGUGCCGGGUGGGGUUGUCGAUGCAGAGGGAGGGGAAGAGGAAAUGGACGACGACGACGAGGAGGAGGCAGCAGAAGACAUAGAAGAUGCAGAAGCAGACGAAGAAGAACCAGAAGAAGCCUCCCCAACCGCAAAGCCCAAGUCCACCAAGCCCAAACUCGCCGACCUCCCCGCGCUCCUCGCCUCCGCCUCAGACCCAUCGGACCCUUCCCUCCUGCGCGCCGCCGAGCUCGAAGCCGAGUCCCUUUCCCUCUCCCACGCCGAGUUCCAGGCGUUGCUCAAACAAGCCAUCAAGCGGGCUAACGCUUCCCCCCGCGCACAGCUGAAGAAGCAGGACGCAGAGGCGGAGGAGGAGAGGGGGAAGAUGUUGAUGAGUCGGAAGAAGAGGCAGUUGUAUGAGAAGAUGAAGUUUGGGAACGAGCGGAAACGGGAGGGGGAGAGGAAGUUGCAGAGGAAGAGGGAGGCGUUGAGGAGGGAGGGGAAGUAG